AUGCUUGGGUUUGUGGCUGGCUUUAUAGUAGGACUUCUGUCUUUUCCGAUGAUCUAUUGCCUGUUCCCGAGAGCUGUUGUUGAAGUUAACAAGAAAAAGAUGGUAAGGAUAAGCAACAAGAGUAAAGGAAUUGAGAUUAGUGAUGAACAAAUGAAAACAGUGAUUAGAAGUAUGCACAGAUGCAGAGACACCCACUGGAUCAAUGCUGUUAUUCAAAGACUUUAUAUGGAGGUUUCGAAGUCGUAUGCUAUUGAAGCCAAGAUCAAGUCUAUUAUAUUGAAAAGAUUUGAGAUGUCGGGAAUUAGGAAAUACUUCAAAUCCAUUGAUGUCAUUGAAGUGGUUUUAGGUGAGGAGGCACCAUACAUAGAAAACAUCCAAGUUGUUUCCGACGACGACAUACACAAAAUGAUCUUCUUAGAAGGACGGAAGUAUGAAGAUUGCGAAGAAGAGAAGUUAUUCCAUCUUGAAGAAGAGAUCAAAAAGAGUUUGGAGAUCGAAGGUAUAAUACCUGAAGAAAGGUGCGAAUGCCCGAUCGACUCAGAUGAAAGUGUUCCACUUGAGGAAGUGGAAAAUAGUGGUGUGGAAACAAAGACAGACAACAGGAAGAAGUGUGUAUCAGAAUUAUCUACAAAGCUUGUUGAGGAUUGCCUCACUUCUCAAGACAGAGAAACAAGUAGGAUGGUGUUUUCACAGAAAGUUUUUGAGAAUCUCCAGGUUCUUCUGGGAAUCAGAUACAAGGGAGGAGCUCAGAUCUCCCUCAGUUUAGAGCUUCCUAAGAGAAUAAAUCUCAAGACAACGAUAUUUAUCAAAGGAAUGAAAGGAGAUGUUCUUGUUCGAGUGCCUUCAAAAGACUACGAUACAAGAUAUGAGUACUGCUUUUUGUUCAACCCGACUCUUUCAGUGGCUGUAGAAUCGGGAAUAUCUGGAGAGAUAGGAAAGCUUUACUUCCGGAAGUCGAUUUCAAACUUCAUAGAAAGAUAUAUAAGGCAUCUCAUAGCGAGGACGAUGGUCUAUCCAUCAUGGAACGGGCAAUAUCUUCCCUUUGUUGUUCCUCCGAUCAAGGAUGUAGUGCAUAGAAUAGAAAAGGUGACCUUAGAAAACCAUGCCAUACAUCUUCCACAGAUAGUGGAGAAUAUUCUUCUCUACUCGUCAAUGGAUUACAAGAUUGUAGAGGUUGAUGGGGAAGUAGUAUAUAGAAGGACAGGAUAUUUUAUCAAUGAAAAGGAAAGGAUAUUUUGCACACACUUUCCUAUUCCUAAGACAUCACUUAAGAUAUCUCAUUUUGUAGGAAAGAACAGACUUUUCAAGGGCCUAACACUGCAGGAAAGCAAAAUCAUGAGCCAACUAUAUAGCUGGGGUGCCUUUACCAAUGUGAUUUCUAGGUUUCAGGAGUUGAAGAUGAAGACCAUCCUCACGCCUACCUCUUCUUUGGUUGAGCUUGAGUUUGAAAACAUAAGAUAUGAAUUCAUAAGAGUAAUUGUGAAAAACACUUUAGUUUUCCAGAGAAACGAUCCAAAGAGCCCGGAAUUCAUUGUAUUUAAAAUAGCCGAUGAGGUUCUUUACAUUUACCAAUAUGUGACCACAAAGCAUUUCAUGAUGACCAAGAGAAGAAUAUGGAAGCUGAGGAAGAAGCUAGAUUCUAAGCCGUUCACUGUUCUCGGAUCUGUUUCUCUCUACAAGCUAAUCAAGUUCUCCAAAAGAAUGAUGCUUGAUCAUCUUCGAAAGCCUUUGAGCGAAGUUGUUGAGGAAUCUACAGAUUCUCUUUCUGUUGAGAAAAACUCGGAUACAAAAACAGAAUUGAUUGAGAUAUUUGAGGACAUAAAAGAGACCUUUUCCGAUGAAAAGUAUCACCAGAAGAAAAUGUGUUCAAAAGCAUCUUCCGAGUCGAUCUACAGGGUCCUCUCUUUGGACGAAGUUCGAACCAAGCUAUUCUCCGAGAACUGUGGAAUAUACACGGUCAUCAACGAGGCAGACAACAUUCGCAGCAUUGUCAUCGAGAGUAGACUGCAAAGUGGAAGUAGUGAGUUUUCUUCUCAAGGAAACACACAACCGGAUAUCACUAUGGAGAUAGAAGAGGAUUUUAUAAUUCAUUCUUAUUUUGGAGAAGAUAUGAUUAUCGAUUUGAGGUUUGGAAGGGAAAAGGAGAUUCUGAUAUAUAGAAUAAGAAGGAUGGAAGAAAACUCAUAUGGAUACAGCUCAAAAGUAGUUCUUUAUUAUAGCAAAUCUAUGAACCUUAACUUUCCGAAUUACUUUAUAGAGGCUUUCCAACUGAGAAUAAGACAGGAUGAAUAUUUGAUGAUUGCAGCCCAGCAUUUGUACUCCACAUCCUUCCUGGAAAAGGAAUUCCGGAAGGUGGUGGAGAUUGGUAAGGGAGCUCUCUAUAUCGAGUUCUAUACCGAUGUUCCCGACGAUUAUUCCUUCACAGUUUAUGGGGCCUCUGGAGAUUCUGUGUAUAGUAUAUACAAGGUAAUUACGUCCCGGAAGGCGAGAAUAAUCCUCCCCACCGUAAAAGAAAAAGAGGUGUUUACUAUUGUCCUUACUCCGAAGUUUAAUAGAAACAGGAAAAUCCACUACAAGAUUGUAUCUCUUCCCGAGGAGUUUUCUACCGAGGUUCUGGUUGACUGCAAUGUCGGGCUAUCCAAAAACAUGAAGUUUUAUUGUCCUGUGUUUGGGAGAACAGAUUCGGUAAUAUUCUGGGAAAAAGGAGACGACAACGAGAUCAAGGGAUACAUAGAGAAUAGUGACACAAAAAUAAUGAUAUCAAGGAGUGGAACCAUGAGGACAGAGAACAGGGAAUAUAAUAUCUACUAUAAAAACAAAGGAGAGAAAAAGAGAGAUAUAAAGAUAUUCCUUGGAAUAAGUCUGAGAAGAACAUAG